GUCAGCGUUUCCUCCCGGCCGCGGUUACCGUCUACCUCCGUUAUUAGUCUUAUUUGGGAUCACAGUGUGUGUGUGUGUGUGUGUUUGGAGUGUGUCCUUUCCCCCAGUGCGCUGUAAUUAUCCAGCUCGAUGUCCUCGCUAUCAGAACAGCAGCAGGGAGAUUCAAGGCGAAGUGCGCGGUUGGUGUCAAGCAAAUACUACCUGCAUGACGAUGACACAGCGAGCAACAGCUCCACCGGAUCCGCGGGACUAAUCUCUUAUAAAGAGAGUCCCGUCAGGGCUUUCAGCAGGAGGAAAGUGGGACCUCGCAAAGGGGGCGGGGCUUCCCACGGCAGCAAAGUGACCAAUUCCCAGACUCCAAGCCCGACCGAGUUCCUCACGCCCAGGAAGACUUUUACUUUUCAGGCUCCUCGCAGCACCGUGACCUCUGUGACCUCUUCAGCCCCGAGCACUUCGGCUCAGGUGGAUCCAUCAGGGUUCUCCUCGGGAUAUUCCUCAGCAGAGGAAGGAUACGGGCGGAAAAGCAGCGCCACACACAGUGCCCCCACCAACAACACCACCGCCGCCACCACCACCAACACCAACCCUGCUUAUACUCAGUCAAAGGGAUGGAUGGGACACAGAGACAUCCUGACUGCGCCAGUUGUGAGAAACAUCCUGACUGCGCCAGUUGUGAGAAACAUCCUGACUGCGCCAGUUGUGAGAAACAUCCUGACUGCGCCAGCCCGUGCCCUGGCGGUGGUGUACGUUUGGCUGGGCGUGGCGUGGUACAGUAUAACGUCUGGAAUGUCUCUGCUUAAUGUUUCUCUGCUCAGCAAGUGCACUGCGGGUGUAAGGAAGUCCGUUCUCCUCUUCAUCCUUUUCCUCCUGCUGCUUUUUUGUAUGUGGUACUGGUACCCGUGGGUUAUUGCACUGUUUCCCCGUUCAACUCGAACUACUCCGAUUCAGCCCCAUGCCACGACUCAAGCGCCAAUUCAGCCUCGCGUGGAUAACCGUGAGACUUACGCAAGUUUUGCAGCUCUAAGAGACGAACUCUACGCCGAUCUGCGGGAACGAGAGAACAAAUGGCUCGAGGACAGGGACAGGGGUUUGGAAGAUAUGCUGAAAGCGAUCAAGUUACUGAAGGAAGACGGAGAAAAACAGAAGCGCAUGCAUGAGGUUUUGCAAAUGGAUGUGCAUGACCUAAAAAUUCGAGUGAGGAAUGUCGACUCGGAGCAUAACGGCCUGAUUAAAGAGGAAACCCUUGGGAUGCAGAAUCAGAUUUCUGAGCUGAAACUGGACGUGUCUAAACUUCACUCAGCCUCCGAGUACCAAAAUCGCAGACUGGAUGCCCAGGAAGCUCAAAACAGAAAGUUAAAGACGGAGCUCUCUGAUUGGCUGCUGAACCAGCUGUCUGGUUCAGUCAAAUCUGAGGGAGAUGUAGUAAUGCGCCCUGAGCUGCAGAGGGCGCUGGAGGACCUGGAAAAGAAACUACUGGACAGAUUGGAACAGGAGCGGAGGGGAGAGGAGAGGAGAGAUGUGUGGAGGACAGUGGGAGAGACGCUGCAGGAGGAAGGAGUGGGAGCAGUCAGCAUAACGGAUGUUGAACGCAUCGUGCAAAGGGCGCUGAGCCUCCACAAGGCUGAUGGGAUCGGCCUGGCCGACUACGCGCUGGAGUCUUCAGGUGCCAGUGUGGUAAACACUCGUUGCUCAGAAACAUAUCACACCAGAUCAGCCUGUAUCAGUCUGUUUGGAUUUCCUCUGUGGUAUCCCUCAGAAAGCCCUCGCACUGUUAUACAGCCCGAGCUCCACCCCGGUAAGUGCUGGCCGUUCCGUGGUUCCGAAGGCUUUCUGGUCAUCGCUUUGUCUCACCCUGUCCAAAUCACUCAAGUCACCCUGGAGCACCUGCCCCGGAUUCUCUCACCCACUGGACGCAUCGACAGCGCCCCCAAGGACUUCGCUGUUUAUGGAAUGAUCAGUGAGGAGAAAGAGGAAGGGAAACUUCUCGGAACGUUCACUUAUGACCAGGACGGAGAAUCCAUCCAGACCUUCGUAGUUCAGCAUCCUCAGAGUGAGGUGUACGGCCUGGUGGAGCUGAGGAUCCUCAGUAAUUGGGGUCACCCUGAGUACACCUGUGUGUAUCGCUUUAGGGUCCACGGCCAGCCGCGGCUGCCUAAAGAGCACUGAAGGGAAGGACAGAGUUUAAGCUAUCUAUGCAAAAAAAAAAAAAAAAAAAAACAUUAAAAUGUUUAGCAAUGCACUUAAAGUUGCUAAUGCUCCUCAAUGAACGCUAAACAUCCAAAACAAGAGAGUGAAAGCUAGAAAAAGAAAAAAAAGAGUGUGAUGGCGAUAUAUCAAGAUGUUCAUGACCUCAAGAUCAUAUCAAGUUUGUUUUUCUCCAUCACACUUUACACACCUGACAAGCGCAGAAGAAACAAACACAGGGUUACAGUACGUUAUCUUACGCUAAUAUACAGUAUAACGUAUACAUUUAUGUAAAAAAAGAAAAGAAGAAAAACAAAAACAAUCCUCCGUUUGCACUAUUUGCUAACCAACUCCUAACGAAUGUACCUUUAAUUUUUUUUAUAAUUUACUUUUCUAUUGGUAUGAUUUUUUUUAAAAAGAAGGUAGACAAAUAUUUAUUAAUACAUACAUACAUUUUAACACCGACUCAUUAGCACAAUGCUAAUCAAAGGGUUUAGUUAUUAACAGUAUUAGCAUUUCUGAGUUCUCUUGCUGGAGAGAGGGUGAAUUCAGCUAAAUCUAGUUAGCGGUUAAAAAGUUUCAUAGCUCGUUUGUAUAUACUGUAUUUGUUUCAAAUGUGUUAUUUGUGUUUAUUUUAAUUAUUUACUGCAAAUUUUCUACAAUUUGUAAUUACACAUACAGUAUGGUUACAAAGGUCAAGAUAAAAUUGUUAGACAUCCAUACUUAGCUCUACAGGUGAGGAAUAAAACACUCUGCGUUGUUCCCAAAAAUAAUCAAUUGUAAUUAUAUUUUGUAAAAUAAUCAAAAAUGUUGUGGCGUGAUAAAGUGGAAUCAUCCUAACCAUGAGCAGAAAUGUCCUCUUUCACCACAGGAAUUUGUCAACAAAUGUUCACCUAUUAACAAAGACAAAUUGCGCUUUUUAUCUAUUUAUCAUAACUUUGAAACAAAAUAGAGGGCCAAUUUAAAUUAAAUAAUGAAACAUUUAUUAAAUUUCAGAUAAUUCUCUGUAAAUGUCCCUCUUUUUAGAUCUGUAGUGUCCCAAAUCUCGAUAUAUAAAAUAUGUUCCCUGGAUCGUACACUAUGUUAUUGUUACCCAUAAUGCAACAUAAAUCUUGUGUGCAACCAGUGUUUACUGCUUCUGUAUAACAAAGAAAAAACUUUAGGUUGAAAUCUACAGAAAUCUUUUUAUGCUUGUGAUUUCUCAAAAUUCAGCCAUUAUGCAGUUUUAAACUCAUCUAAUUGCUUUCAACAAAUUACUUAAUUAUGUUAAGCUCAGUUUAACACAAUAUCUUCAUAAAAGCAGAUCACUGGCUAGAUUUUCUUAGUAGUAGCUUUACAUUUUUUUUUUUUAUUUAGUGGUGUAGUUUACUGUAUACAUUUUCUGUUCCAUAUUAUCAUAUCAAGUUUUGAUUUUGAGGUACAUUUACAUGCAAUGAUUAAAAGAUCAUAUUUUUUUCUUCAUAUUUACAAUGCAAGCUACAGUACUUGUUUAGUUUAGCAUUUCAGUUAUUUAUUAAUUUUUUUGUUAAAAAGCGCCUUACUAGACUAAGCUGUUUAUCUGUUUUUGUAGAUUAGAAAUGUUUUUAAAUGGGAAAUAAUAUGUUUUAAAAGUAAUAAAAUCUUGAUCAAUUGUGUAGAAACAUUUUAAUAUUUAAAUCUGAAAUAUUCUUGUAACAUUAAACUGUCAACUUUCUGUAUAUGAGCUAAAAAUGAAAAAAAUUUAAUUUUUGACGUAGAGAAAAUAUUUAAAUUUUUGGGUUGUUGCUCAAAGGUGUAAACUUUCAGACUUAGUUUUAUUGUUGUUUUUAUUUUAAAAAGCUGAAUUUUCUGUAUAUUAUGGUCAUUUGCAUUGCCUAAAAGUGUUAACUUUUAGAUUUUCAUACCUGUACCAUUAAGAGAAAAAGUAACAAUAUUACACAAAAUUUAUUUUAUUUAUAGUCAAAUUGUUCCCCAAAUGCGCUGUACUUGUAUGUGCUGAUUUAAACGUUUUGCUUAUUUUAAGCUAGAAGUAGUGUAACAGUAUCAAGUUUAUGUUUAAAACAUGAGCAUCUAUUUUACUUCAUAACUGAUGUAUUGUUUUUGAUCGUAUUAAAAUCUAUUUUCGUAUUUUUAUUUAUUGUAUUAGGAUCGGAUUUAAAAUUAAUUUCUGCUGAAUUGAUCAAUUUGAAAUUUGAUUUAUGAAGUUCUGUAUGUGGGUGUAGUUAAAGGACAUGCACUGUGCUGGAUUGUGUAAUAAAUUUCAUUACUUUGUUCUUCUAAACUCCCCUGCUGGGACAGGGCAACAUUUUAAUAUUUGUGUUAAUUGUUUAUACCCAAAGUGCUCUUUAUGUUACACAUAAUUAAGCAGUCGGAAUAGAUUUAUGUUUGUUCAUGCUUUCUUUAUUAAAGGAGAUCAAUUUUCUUCUUUCAAAAUUUCUGAAUUGUACAAUAAUGAACCAUUUUCACUAAACAACAUAAUGGAUCGUUAAACGAUCGUGUAAUUACUUUUUUAUUUCAACCAACUGUUCACCUUUGUUAUUCUGUUUAAAAACACCCUAAACAACAAGCUCAAGCAUCGUACUUGAAAAUAUUGCUUUCAUGCCAAGAAGAAUUUGCUGCGAUAGCAGUCAAUGUGUAAUUUCUGGGUGUUAUUUUUUAAAUUAUUAUUAUAUUGAUCUUUGCAGUAUUUCUUAUUUACAAUCCAGACACCAACCAGACUUUUUCUUUCAGUUAGAAAAGGAAAUAAGCAAGAAUUACAUGAAAGAGCUUGAAAGCAUAACUCACUAACAUUUUUUUAUUCAUUUAAAAAAAGUUAUAAAAUAAAAAGUUAUAUGGACAUUUUGGAUGGCUGUUUUGAAAUAAAAUACCAAGUUGA